AUGCCCCUCACCCCGCAUGGAGGAGUCCUCAAGGACCUUUUCGCCCGCGAUCUCCCUCGCAAGGAAGAGCUCGCUGCCGAGGCAGACACUCUUCCCGCCCUUACCCUCUCCGAGCGCCAUCUUUGCGAUUUGGAAUUGAUCCUCAACGGUGGCUUUUCACCACUUGAAGGCUUUUUGAACGAAAAGGACUACAAUGGUGUUGUUAAGAAUCUGCGCUUGGAGAGCGGCGUCCUCUUCAGCAUGCCCAUCACCCUCGACGUCGACCGAGCGACUGUAGACGAGCUCGGGAUCAAGACCGGUGCGAGAAUCACCCUACGCGACUUCCGAGACGAGCGAAACCUUGCUAUCCUCACUGUCGAGGACGUCUAUCGGCCGGAUAGGAACCUCGAGGCCCGUGAAGUCUUUGGUAGCGAGGAUGACACUCAUCCUGGUGUUCACUACGUCCUCAAUGUCGCCAAGGAGUUUUAUGUUGGUGGCAAGCUAGAGGCCCUCCACCGCCUCGAUCACUACGACUUCUUGGAUCUCCGAUACACUCCUGCCGAGCUCCGUGCCCACUUCGAUAAGCUUGGUUGGCAGCGAGUUGUUGCCUUCCAGACCAGGAACCCUAUGCACCGAGCCCACAGGGAAUUGACUGUUAGGGCCGCACGGUCACAGCAAGCCAAUGUCCUCAUCCACCCUGUCGUCGGCCUCACGAAGCCAGGUGACAUUGACCACUUCACCCGUGUUCGCGUCUACAAGGCCAUCCUUCCCCGAUACCCAAACGGCAUGGCCUCCUUGGCCCUUCUCCCCCUUGCCAUGCGAAUGGGUGGUCCCCGAGAGGCCAUCUGGCACGCUAUUAUCCGAAAGAACCACGGUGCUACCCACUUCAUCGUCGGCCGUGACCACGCUGGCCCCGGUAAGAACAAGCAGGGUGUCGACCACUACGGUCCCUAUGACGCCCAGGAGGCUGUCAAGAAGUACCAGGACGAGCUCGGCAUCAAGAUGGUCGAAUUCCAAGAGAUGAUCUAUCUCCCCGACAGGGAUGAGUACAUGCCCCGGAAUGAAGUUCCCGAGGGUGUCAGGACGACCAACAUUUCUGGUACUGAGCUUCGCUAUAGGCUCCGCACGGGUAAGGAAAUUCCCGAGUGGUUUUCCUACCCCGAGGUCGUCAAAGUUCUGCGAGAGCAGAACCCACUUCCUUCCGCUAAGGGCUUCACCGUCUUCCUCACUGGGUAUCAAAACAGCGGGAAGGACCAAGUUGCCCGUGCACUCCAGGCGACGCUGAUGCAAGGAGGUGGACGACCCGUGUCUAUGCUCCUGGGAGAGACUGUACGGCACGAGCUUUCGGCAGAGCUUGGUUUUAGCCGCGAGGACAGAAAAACCAACAUUGCUCGAAUCGCCUUCGUCGCGUCCGAGCUCACCAAGGCCGGAGCCGCCGUCAUCGCAGCUCCCAUCGCACCGUACGAGGAUGCCAGGGUACAAGCUAGAGAACUGAUCGAGAAGUCGGGCCCCUUCUUUUUGAUUCACGUUGCUACUCCUUUGGAGUACUGCGAGAAGACCGACCGUCGGGGCAUCUACAAGAAGGCGCGGGCCGGCGAGAUCAAGGGCUUCACUGGCGUUGACGAUCCCUACGAGGUCCCCCCCGCUGCCGAUCUUGUUGUCGACCGCGAGAAGCAGACCGUCCGAUCAAUUGUCCACGAGAUCAUCCUCCUCCUCGAGAGCCGAGGUCUCCUUGACAGACUCUGA